AUGAGUAAUAUCAUGUUUUAUCGUUAUGUCAUGAUUGUUAAUGCACUUUUUGCUAAUUCCUGUGGCGGUUGCAGGGAAUGUGGUCGUAGAAAACGAGGAUUGAAUGUUCAAAUAGUUGAGGCUGAAGAAGAAGAGGAAGAGGAAGAAGAAGGAAGAAAAGAAGAAGAGGGAAAACGUUCAGGAAAAGAUGGUGCGCCCAAAGACUACUACUCACUAGAAUGUUUGCUGUUCCUUUUGAAACAUGCAGAGAACAUACCUGUUGUGCGUCGUCCUGAUCGUAAAGAACUUCUUGCCUACCUCAAUGGAGAAACAUCAACUGCUGCAGCCAUUGAUAAGUCUGCACCUUUGGAAAUUCCAACACAGGUUAAGCGAACAGUUGAAGAUACUUCAGACAGCACAGCCAAGAAGCCCCGAUAUGAUGAUAGUGAUGUGCAGAAACUCAAAGAACAUCUUGCGCUUCGUUUUGAUGCUCCAAAGACCUCGUCUAUUGUCAGUAACAUUGAUAGAUCGCUCUCAGAAGCCAUGUCAAUUGAAAAGAUUGCUGCCAUUAAAGCCAAGAGGUUGGCUAUCAAACGUACCAUGAUUAAGGAAGACGACGAUCUUGGCUUAGGAACCGAUCUACGUAACAUGUUAGAAUUUGAUAUUGACGUUACAAAAGAUAUCACUACCAAAGAAAGACAGUGGAGAACUCGAACAACCAUCCUACAGAGCACUGGGAAGCAAUUUGCUGCCAGUAUCAUGGGGCUUCUCAAAUCUAUAAAAGCACGAGAAGAAGGCCGUGCCAGAGCCACUGCACCUAAUCCUCUGCCAACCCCUGUGAGCAGAGUGCCCCAGCCAAUUGGUUACUCAAGAUACGACCAAGAAAGAUUCAGAGGAAAGGAAGAAACUGAGGGCUUCAAAAUUAACACUAUGGGAACCUACCACGGUCUAUCUCUGAAGAGUGUGACAGAAGGUGGUGGUCAGAGUAACAAACUGGCACCACAGCCAGACCUAGCUCCACAGACUAAGCCUGUGCCCGGUCAGCAAGCAAAGAAAGUAUCCAGAACUCCUAUAAUUAUUGUCCCCAAUUCUCCUACAUCACUCAUUACGAUGCUAAAUGUCAAGGACUUGCUACAGGAUAUGAAGUAAGUAGCUUAUUAGAAAAAAACCAAU